AAGCUCAUUGGAGGAUAAGCUUGCUUUACGGCUUAAGGUCGCUUUUUACGGCAUUUUCCGGCUUCCCAUUCACUUGGCGGUGAAGAUGGCGUCGGGCAGUGGGACAAAAAACUUGGACUUUCGCCGAAAGUGGGACAAAGAUGAAUAUGAAAAGCUCGCUGAGAAGAGGCUCACGGAGGAGAGAGAAAAGAAGGAUGGAAAACCAGUGCAGCCAGUCAAGCGGGAGCUUCUCCGACAUAGGGACUACAAGGUGGACCUGGAAUCGAAGCUUGGGAAGACCAUUGUCAUUACCAAGACCACCCCACAAUCUGAGAUGGGAGGAUAUUACUGCAAUGUCUGUGACUGUGUUGUGAAGGACUCCAUCAACUUCCUGGAUCACAUUAAUGGAAAGAAACAUCAGCGAAACCUGGGCAUGUCAAUGCGGGUGGAACGUUCCACUUUGGAUCAGGUGAAGAAACGUUUUGAAGUCAAUAAGAAGAAGAUGGAAGAGAAGCAGAAGGAUUAUGAUUUUGAGGAAAGGAUGAAGGAGCUCAGAGAAGAAGAGGAAAAGGCCAAAGCCUACAAGAAAGAGAAACAGAAGGAGAAGAAAAGGAGGGCUGAGGAGGACUUGACAUUUGAGGAGGAUGAUGAGAUGGCAGCUGUGAUGGGCUUCUCUGGCUUUGGUUCCACCAAGAAGAGUUACUGAGGCUUUCUAAGCUUGGCCCUUCGUUGGGCUUAACUUUGUGGGGGGUGUAAUUUGGGGGGAGUUACUUGGGAAAGUGCUUAAGAGUGGCAGUGGGGAGGGCUAGUGGCUGGGUGUUUGUCGUUUCCCUCUACCUUGAGAGAGAGCGCAGGAGGCUGAGGUAAUGCUGUGAUGUGUUUCUUCAGCCUCAGUGUAUCACGAGUCACAGGACCGCUGCCCAUCUGAGUUCCCAAUAAAGAAAAACCUCCUCCUUUGAGGCUGCUUUCCCAGAACUUCCCCUGCAUCUUCCCUCUUCACCUAGCCAAUCUUCUCUGAGCAUCCUACAUUUAUCCUGUGUUCUGCCUUUGUUUUAAUUUUAACUCUUGCUUAGCCUGAAGCAGAAAGGUUCUCUGGGUCCCCAGUUUCCAGUUGAAACCAUAUCCUUGACCAGCCACCCCACCCCCACUUCCCUCAUCCCCCACUGUGAUUCCCUAGCCACCUGCGCAUGCACGUGUUCUGCCUGGGUCAGUGGUAUGCGCGGAUGUGUGUGCAUGAAUCUGUCACCUAGAGGGAGCCUGAACUAGAACCUCAGAGCAUUGCUGCCGUGGGUCCUGACAUUCUUGGUUUCCUCAGUGCAUGUCACAGGAAAUUAAAUGGGAUGAGUGUUUGGUGUGGUUUUUAUCUGGUAAGUCUUUUAACCUUUGUUUUUCAUAUGUAGACUGUUCAGCUUUUUCUGUUAGUUUUAUUUUAUUGAGGAUUACUCUGUUUUUGUCUUCCUUAUAAGCAGGCUCUUGGAAGAACCUGUUUGAUGCAAAAAAGAAAAAAGAAAAAAACCCUCAUGUGGGAGCCUUUGGGUCUCAGAGGCUGUUCAACCUGUAUAAUAAAUGCAUUGACUGGGCCUAUUUCA